AUGAAUCCUUCUCACCAAUUUCUAGAACAUGGAAUUUCUCACCAAAAUCUAAAGAGAACAUCUUGUGCAAAUGUGCUCACUCUAGCAUACCAAAGUCUUGGAGUAGUCUAUGGUGACCUUAGCACUUCUCCUCUUUAUGUAUACAAAACCUCAUUCUCAGGGAAAUUGAGUCUCAAAGAAGAUGAUGAAGAGAUUUUCGGCGUGCUUUCGUUUAUCUUCUGGACAUUUACCGUUAUCGCGCUCUUCAAAUAUGUUUUCAUUGUCAUGUCUGCGGAUGACAAUGGCGAAGGAGGGACUUUUGCAUUAUACUCGCUUCUCUGCAGACAUGCGAAACUAAGCAUGUUGCCGAAUCAGCAACCUGCGGACGAAGAUUUAUCUGCUUAUUCGACGAAAGAUUCUGCAGAUACAUGGCAGUCUUCUCGUUUGAAGCUGUUCUUCGGAAAGCACCCGAGAUUUCAGAAAGGACUUCUGAUUUUUGUUCUGUUGGGGACGUGUAUGACGAUUGGCGAUGGCGUGAUUACUCCUGCUAUAUCAGUAUUUUCAGCAGUUUCAGGAGUUCAAGUUAAGAUCAAUCAACUCCAUGACAAUUAUGUUGCUAUCGUCUCAUGUAUCAUUUUAGUUGGUCUUUUCUCCAUUCAGCAUCAUGGAACACAUAGAGUUGCCUUCUUGUUUGCCCCAGUUGUUGCAGCAUGGCUUUUGUGCAUCAGUGGUGUUGGUAUAUACAACAUUUUCCGCUGGAACCGACAGGUAUAUCGCGCACUUUCUCCAGUCUAUAUGUAUAGGUUUCUCAAAACCAAUGGCAUGGAAGGAUGGUUGUCAUUAAGUGGAGUCGUGCUUUCAAUAACAGGGGUGGAAACAAUGUAUGCUGAUAUGGGUCAUUUUUCCGCACUCUCAAUCAAGAUAGCUUUCACAUGUUUAGUAUAUCCAUGCCUGAUUUUGGCAUACAUGGGAGAGGCUGCAUUUCUCUCUAAGCACCAUUAUGACAUUAAGAGAAGUUUCUACAAAGCCAUACCAGAAGCUGUGUUUUGGCCUGUUUUUAUAGUUGCCACAUUAGCUGCUGUUGUAGGAAGUCAAGCAGUGAUUUCCGCAACUUUUUCUAUCAUAAGCCAAUGCUGCGCGUUGAAUUGUUUUCCUCGAGUCAAGAUUGUUCAUACUUCUAGCAAAAUUUAUGGACAGAUUUAUGUUCCGGAAAUCAAUUGGAUAUUAAUGUGCCUUUGUUUAGCUGUCACAAUCGGCCUAAGGGAUACAAACAUGAUGGGUCAUGCAUAUGGAUUGGCUAUCAUGACAGUUAUGUUUGUGACAACAUGUUUGAUGACACUAGUAAUCAUAAUUGUUUGGAAAAAAGGGAUAAUAAAAGCACUUUCAUGUUUGUUUUUGUUUGGAUCCAUUGAACUUCUCUACAUCUCAGCUUCUGCCUGCAAAAUCCCCGAAGGAGGAUGGAUACCGAUUUUACUAUCGAUCAUUUUCAUGGGCAUAAUGUUCACAUGGAACUACGGAACAAGGAAGAAACACCAAUUUGAUGUGGAAAACAAGGUCUCAAUGAGCAAGAUGCUAUCCUUAGGACCUUGCUUAGGCAUGGUCCGUGUCCCCGGAAUCGGAUUCAUUUUCAGCAAUCUCGCUUCCGGUAUCCCUGCUAUUUUCGGCCAUUUCGUUACAAACUUACCUGCAUUCCAUCAGGUGUUAGUUUUUAUAUGUGCUAAAUCAGUUCAAGUCCCUUACGUUAGCGAAAACGAAAGACUAGUCAUCAGCAGAAUCGGCCCGAAGGAGUUCCACAUGUUCCGUUGCAUCGUCCGAUACGGUUACAAAGAUAUGCAACAAGAGAAUUACAAUUUUGAGAACAAACUAGUAUCUGCAAUAAUACAGUUUGUCGAAACAGAAGACAAUGCUGAAGAACAAACGAAUCAACUGACUAUAGAUGAUGGAAACAUAAACAUAAACAUAAACACGGAAGAGUCGUAUAAAGCCGAGUCGAUACAGAUUUUAAAAGCCAAGGAAUCAGGUGUUACUUAUAUAAUUGGACAUUCUUAUGCAGAAGCUAAAAAAUCAUCUUCUCUUUUAAAGAAAUUCGGAAUAGACAUUGUUUAUGCUUUUCUAAGCAAAAACUGCAGAGAUCAUGAUAUUAUGUUGGAUGUAGCUCAUACUUCUUUGCUUGAAGUUGGUAUGGCUUACCAUGUUUGA